AUGGACUCCACCAACCCCGCGGCCGCCUCCUCUUCUGUGGGAGAAGCCAAAUACAUUGAAUUCCCCUGUCUUCCAAGUGACGCAAAGCACGCGGAUGGCUCUCUGGCGCUGAAUCGCUACUCGACACAUAUUACCAAGGGCCAUGAUUUCCCUGGCGCAAAGGCGAUGCUUUACGCCGCUGGUGUUCCUGAUCAGGAUGCCAUGGCAAAGAGCCCCCAUGUUGGAAUUGCGUCGGUUUGGUGGGAGGGAAAUCCAUGUAACAUGCAUCUGAUGGAUCUGGCCAAGACCGUGAAGAAGGCAGUCGCAGACCAGGGGAUGAUCGGGUGGCAGUACAAUACAAUUGGCGUUUCGGAUGCGAUUUCGAUGGGGAGUGAAGGGAUGCGAUUCUCGCUUCAAUCCCGUGAAAUCAUCGCCGAUAGUGUCGAAACAGUUACCUGUGCGCAGUAUCAUGACGCCUGCGUUGCCAUUCCAGGUUGCGAUAAGAACAUGCCCGGAGUGGUGAUGGGUAUGGCGAGACAUAACCGACCGUCGCUGAUGAUCUACGGUGGAACGAUUCAGAUCGGGUACUCCACCCUCCUCCGGAAACCGGUGAACGUUUCGACCUGUUUCGAGGCCGCCGGCGCCUACGCUUACGAUACCCUGCGCCAGCCCGAGGACGACGGGGGCGAUACGAGCAAGACCAAGGACGAGAUCAUGGAUGAUCUGGAACGACAUGCCUGCCCCAGCGCCGGUGCGUGCGGGGGCAUGUUCACUGCCAACACCAUGGCCACAGCAAUCGAGUCCAUGGGACUGUCGUUGCCCGGCUCCUCAUCCACGCCCGCGUCGUCGCCAUCCAAGAUGCGCGAAUGCGUCAAGGCCGCCGAGGCCAUCAGGGUCUGCAUGGAGAAGAACAUCCGGCCGCGCGAUCUGCUCACCAAGCGGGCCUUUGAAAACGCGCUCGUCAUGACCAUGGCGCUGGGGGGCAGCACCAACGGCGUGCUCCAUUUCCUUGCCAUGGCGCGCACGGCCGGCGUUGACCUCACCCUGGACGACGUGCAGAGAGUCAGCAACAAGAUCCCCUUCAUCGCGGACCUUUCCCCCAGCGGCAAAUACUACAUGGCCGACCUGUACGACAUCGGCGGGAUCCCGUCCGUGCAGAAACUGCUCAUCGCCGCGGGCCUCCUCGACGGCGACAUCCCCACCAUCACCGGCCGAACCCUCGCCGAAAACGUCGCCUCGCACCCGUCCCUCCCGGCGGACCAGGCCAUCAUCCGCCCGCUCGACAACCCCAUCAAGUCCACGGGCCACCUCCAGAUCCUGCGAGGCAACCUCGCGCCCGGCGGCGCCGUGGCCAAAAUCACGGGGAAAGAAGGAACAAAGUUCACGGGGGAAGCCCGGGUCUUCGACAAGGAGCGCCAACUGAACGACGCCCUGACACGCGGCGAAAUCCCGCGCGGCGAGAACCUGGUGCUUAUCGUGCGCUACGAGGGCCCCAGGGGCGGACCCGGCAUGCCCGAGCAACUGAAAGCCAGCGCGGCGCUCAGGGGCGCCAAACUCACCAACGUCGCCCUGAUCACGGACGGCCGGUACUCGGGCGCCAGCCACGGCUUCAUCGUCGGCCAUAUCACGCCCGAAGCAGCCGUCGGGGGGCCGAUCGCCAUCGUGCAGGACGGGGAUCUGAUCACGAUCAGUGCCGAGACGAACGAACUCAGCAUGCACGUCUCGGACGAGGAGAUCCAGCGCCGGUUGACGGAAUGGAAGCCUCCCGCGCCGAGCGUGACCCGCGGCGUCCUGGCCAAGUAUGCUCGGUUAGUUGGAGAUGCCUCUCACGGCGCGAUGACGGAUCUAUUUUAA